AUGUUCAUCUCCGCGUUGCUUGUGGCCUCCCUGGCCCUUUGGGGCAAAGGGGUGGAGGCUGCUUUUGGUCUUACUACUAACUCUGGUACUUACGUCGUUGAUGCUGGAUCUGCUAAUCCGCUGAAAUUCACGGUUGAUCGCACGAGCUGCGAUAUUACUUCGAUUAACUUCUACGGAUCGGAAUUGCAGUAUCAAUCGACGGGUUCGCAUAUUGGUUCGGGAUUGGGUACUGCUACUGUGACUGCGACUCAGAGCGGUGAUUAUAUCAAGAUUACCUGCGAGACGAGUACCUUGACGCACUAUUAUGUCGCGCACAGUGGUGAUCCUAUUAUCUACAUGGCGACGUACACCACUGCUGAGCCAUCGGUCGGAGAACUCCGCUACAUCGCCCGUCUCAACGCCGACCUCCUCCCCAACGAAGAACCCUUCGGCACAGCCUCCAACAUCGCCGGCGGUACUGCCAUCGAAGGAUCAGAUGUUUACCUCGUUGGCUCCGAGACCCGCAGCAAGUUCUACUCCAGCGAGCGAUUCAUCGAUGACCAGCGACACUGCGUGUCUGGAUCUGCGCACCGCGUCUGCAUGAUUCUUAAUCAAUACGAGACAUCUGCUGGAGGACCUUUCCACCGCGACAUCAACACCAACAACGUCGGCAGUUACACCGGUCUAUACUGGUACAUGAACUCCGGCCACGUCCAAACAGAAUCAUACCGCCAGGGCCUGCACGGUCCAUACCUGAUGUAUUUCAGUCGCAGCGGGACACCAAGUACAAGUAUUGAUACGUCGUUCUUCGCGAAUCUCGGUAUUAAGGGGUAUGUCGCGACCUCAGGUCGAGGAUAUGUCUCGGGUACAGCGUCUGGUGCGGAUUCGUCGUUGAAAUGGGUUAUUCACUGGUACAACAACGCCGCACAAUACUGGACCUACACCUCCUCCAGCGGCAGCUUUACGUCCCCGGCCAUGAAACCGGGUACUUACACUAUGGUGUAUUAUCAGGGCGAGUAUCCCGUGGCUACGAGCUCUGUGACUGUCACUGCGGGUUCAACGACUAGCAAGUCUAUCUCCGGUUCUGUGAAAACAGGAACGACGAUUUUCAAGAUUGGCACUUGGGAUGGACAACCAACAGGCUUCCUAAACGCCGCCUCUCAACUCCGCAUGCACCCAUCCGACACCCGCAUGUCCUCCUGGACCAGCACCUCCACAUACACAGUCGGGUCCUCCUCCGUCUCGUCCUUCCCAAUGGCGCUCUUCAAAUCCGUCAAUUCCCCACUAACAAUUAAAUUCACCGCUACAUCGGCGCAAACAGGUGCCGCAACGCUACGUAUCGGGACUACGCUUUCGUUUGCCGGCGGUCGACCCCAGGUUACUGUUAAUAGUUAUACGGCUGCUGCGCCGAGUGCGCCGACGAAUUUGAAUAGUAGGGGUGUGACGAGGGGGCAUAUAGGGAUUACCAUUUCUGUUAUUUCUGGAAGUUCAGGAGAUGAAUUCUUGAGUCCUAACUUUAUCUUCGACUGCGUGGAGUUGUUCCACUAG